AUGGCGGCAGUUGGAUGGAUUAGUUCAGAAGCAGUCCGUAACGUUAGAGCUGGUCUGAGCAGUCUUUUGUACAGGUUUAGAAACCAAAUAACCACCUUACGAUUUAAUCGGUUACAUUUUUCACUAGAUUUGAUCGACAUUUUUGGCAUAUUGCGCAAAGUUCAAGCAGUUUCCUUUUCCCAGUGCCGAUUUUCUACCAAAGCUCUUCAGUGGUGGUUACAGCCAAACAACGUUGUUCAUCAGAAAAUUACUGAUUAUUGUUUUCAUCGUAGUGGAGGUGAGAGCAAAGCCCUUGCUAUGUUAACGAAUAUGCUGACAUCAAAAUCGAAACUCAUAUGUAUAACAGGAUUCAGCUCUCGCUUCUUCGUUGACGUGGCUGAAAAACUUACCCAAAUCGAUGCACAUGUUAAACUUAUCUUUAUAUUGCUAACUCCCCGAAUAAGUUUAAAUGAACCAAAUACGGAGGCCGUGUUAACGCGAUUUUCUGAAGUAACCGAAGCUCUACACGUAUGCAUCUGUUUCCCUUCUACUUCUCAAAGACAAGUGGAAUUAGAAAGAUACGAAAUGUUGGAAAAAGUUCUCAGCUUCUCAAAAAUAACUGUUUUGGAAGUAAGCUUCGGCAGCCCAAAUGAUGGAGACCUUAUCCAUAUUGAGAGUUUUUUCAAAAGCUUGAGCCUUAUGGGCGAAACUCUUCAAGUGUUCCAUUUUACUGUGAAAGCUAUUGGUAAUAAUCUUCGUACGUUGGUUGAACCGAUGUCUUUAGGAUUAUCUGAAUUAAAAAACUUGAAGGAGUUAACAAUACGAGAAUUUCGAGAUAAAAUUCCCUCAGAAGAAUGUAACAAAAUUUGGGCCAACCUGCCAAAAACUUUACGCUCUUUCGGGUUGUAUGCCAUGAAAAACUUUACUCAUGACCAUAUCUUAACGAUAGUUCAAAGUUGCCCGAUGAUCGAAGACCUCCUUCUUCUUGGAGUUCAGCAGCUACGCUCGAAAACGGUGGCACACAUUUUGAACGGUCUACCAGAGCUGCGUUCCUUGGCAAUUAAUCUUUGGGAUGCUGUCGAUGAUAGCCUGAUUCAGCUACUACUGAACAGAAAAAAAACUCCUUUUUUAGAUGCACUUUCUUUAUGUUUCAAAACUCAAAAAGAUAUGACCAAAAGUGAGCUGCCAAGGCUUGCUAGCUGGUUCACUUUUCAUUUGAGUGAAGAUACUAGCUUUUAUGAGCCCUAUACAGCUUCGCAUUUUUACAAAACGAGGACUGCUCAUGAGCGUAUGACGAGAAUUAUUAGAUUUUGUUGCUGCCCGGGAUGCAGUAAGGACGCUGUUUAUGAGUGCUAA